UAGUAAGAAUGGCAACCUUCGAUAGCCUAGCUUCCAAGAUCGAACAAGCAGUCAAUCGUUGCCUCGAAUCUCAGGAGCAACUUGAAGAUAAUAUCAAAAAAUGCCUGGUACCACUUGCAAAUGCAACCAAGGAAGUUGUUGAUUUAAGGAAGGCAUCUCUUGAACAUGUCUUCAAAAAGUUAUCUGCGAGAAUUUCUACAUAUCCACCUGAUCGUCUCAUACCGGCCGCAUUCAAGCUAUUGAAUCUGGUUUUAGGGUGUCAUGAGGCUGAGGGUUCUUUAUGUGAACAAGCUAUAACUUUGACGAUCUUGGAAGAGUUGAUGGAGACGCAACCUCUGGAGGUCUGCGAAAAACUAUAUAGCUUCUUGGAAAUAAACAAGAAAAGGUUGCUUGUGAAUUUGAUACCAACACAAGGAAAGGGCGUUAACAAAGGAGGUGAAUGUAAUGUUGAUAAUGUUACGCAUUAUAGCGCAACACAGGAUGGAGAUGAAGCUGCAUUUUACAAUACUUUUUGGAGUCUUCAAACUUAUUUUAGCAAUCCACCGAAAUUAUUUAAAGACAAUAAUUUGGAAGUUGUUCUUAAUAAUAUUGGCAUUAUUUUAAACAGAUUUUCUGAUAUUAUUGCUCGUGAGAAACUCAAGACUGCUGAAGAAAAUUUAGGGGGAAGUCGAAAUAAUGAUUUCGAAUUUGGACUUCCGUCUCCUCCAAGCGAUGAUGGACGCGGAAAGAAAAGAAAAUUUAUGGAAACUGAUGAGGAUGAGUCAAUAACGUUUUCUAAGGAUUACGUUAAAUAUUUUCCUAAAUAUUUAUCGAGUUUUGCAUUAUUCGAUAAGGAGAUAUCCGAUCCAAAUUUCCGAAGAAUUGUAUUAGUACAAAUUCUUAUUAUAAUGCAGUACCUUACAGGAUUUUUCCCAGAGGAGCAGGCUCGUAUUAACAAAGCGAAAGCACCCCACGAUAAUGCUGCAGUUCAAUUACCCACCUAUACGAUCAUGGAACCACAACAACAUAUGGUCCAAGAAAUAUGGAAUAAAGUCAUUGGACAACUUGAAGAAACAACACUAAAUGGAAAAAAUUUUGUUCGAACAAUACUGCAUAUACUUAACAUGGAAAAACGAUGGAAUUAUUGGAAAUUUGCUGAUAAUUGCUCUUUUGGUUCAGAUAAAGAAAUUAAAGAUAAAGCAGAAAGAGCGCGUGAAGAUUUUGCCGAAGCUUUGAAGAGAAAGGCUAAGAUGAAUAAACCUAAGGAACCUUUCGAAAGUAAAAUAACCAAGCUUUCGGAAUUUUGGACGAGAAAUGAUGAUGAUGAUGAAUUCAUGGCAGAUGCUUCCCGUAAAAUAAUACCACCGGAUUUUGAUUCUGUGUACGAACAAAUAAAGAAAGAUGGUUAUCCGCCAGAAUUAGGGUUUACCUUUGAUCCAUCAGAUACUGUGGAAGAGAAGGAACUAAAAGAAAAAUGCUGGGUAAACAAAUGGUUUGCUUUAAGAACUGCUAGACAUCAUUAUUUGCUUCAUUUUAACAAACCGGUCAAAAAAGAUGCGAAACUUAAAAAUGCAAAAGAAGAUGAAGAAAAGAAAGACGAUGUAGAGGCUUUGAAAAUGUUGAUUGAUGAAAAUCCUACUUGCAGUAGUGGCAUCGUCACGAAAAAAUGA